AUGUUGGUCGCCGGCCGCUCCACACGCCUCAUGAAGGCCAUUCGCCUGGUGGUGAGAUCCUCCAAGGCGACACGGCUAAACCGCUUCACCCGCAUGGUGCGGGUCUCCGCGAUGAUGCCGAAGAUGUUCAACGCGGUGAAGUUCAAGAAGCCCGUCAAGGAAAAUACCAAAGAUGUAGAGAACUUGGUGGAGCGGAAACUGCACCGCAUCUAUUACUACUUGGAGCGAGAAAACGAUGGUUUAGUCUCUGCAGACAUGGCGGAUGCCAUCAUCCGUCGCAUCACCAAGAGAAGAAAACGUAGGCGCAGCCUCACGCGGCUCUUCACCCGCAAGUUAGGGGACAAGGGCGAUGGCAUGGCCAUGACCCGCAUGAGCUCCGACGCCUCCGAGGUGGAAUCGUCCCCGAACGCCGCGCGGGAUGCCGCCACGGGCAGCCGCCCUCGAAGCCGCAGCGUGGUGGUGAGGAGCACCUACAGCGAUGCUGACAUGGAUGGCUCCAUCGGUAUGUCGGGCAGCAUGCACAUCGGCCGCCGCCUAAGGAAGCUGCAGACAAGUCACACGACCCACACGGAGCAGAGCAACAAGAGCGAGACAGAGAGCUGCAUGCGUGGCGGUCGGUCAAAGAGCCGACCGAGCGGUACAGUGAGGAUCUUCUCCGACACGGGCGAGCCCAUCGAGCCCGGCAUGUCCUCCGCCCGAAUCGACCCUCCGCGGCCCCCCUCGUCCGACGGCGACAGCCGAAGCAACCCGAGCCCCGAGAGCCCGCGGGACCUGGGUACCGCGAGCUUGCCCGUGGGCAGCGCGAGCUUGGCCAUGAGCGCCAUGGGCACCGAUGCCCUGGGCUCGGCAAGCUUGCCGGUGACCUCUGCGACCUUGGCGCCCAGUUUGCCUAUGGGCACGGUGGGGAGCUUGGGCGAUGAUGGGACGCAGAGCAAUGCCGGAGUGGAGAAGCUACAGACCUACCGCUCCCUCCAUAGCAACCAUAGCACUCCGCUUCCAGUGGCUCAGUGGUGUCCAGCGAUGACUUCCUCAACGAUCCGAUUCCGUGGAAACGGGGGAUCAGUGAUCCCACGAGUGGCCCCGCGGUGGCCAGUAAGGAGGCAGCACCUCCCGUGGUGA